AUGCUUCAAAUUUGGUGGAUUUACUAUUUUCUACUACAAAUAGUAGUAGGUGCGAAUUCUGAACCCACCACUGUGUAUUUAUUUCCUGCAUUUUCUCAUGAAACAGAAGAUUGUGCUAUCCAAUGGACUAGUAUGUGUGAUCCCGUCGAGGUUGAUCCGCUGAAGAACACCAAUAAUCCCACAUUGGAAAUUUUUGAAUACAAAUAUAUUAGGCAGGUUAUUGGUAAUGAUGAUUUAUAUGAAGUGAUGCUCGAGGUGAAAAUCGAGGAUUCCAUAGAUCUUGAUUAUUUAAAGCAAAUAUAUUUCACACAUAGACAAGUCCCUGAUAUGGAAAAUGAUUCCUUGUGGAUUUUUGACUCAAUGCUGAAUAUAUUGAUUGAUUCGCCUUAUCACAUUUUUGUCAAAUGGGUGAUGGUGGCGCAACAGCAUAGCGAUCAAAUGUGCACAACACCGUUUGAGCUUGUGUAUUUUUGGCAGGUACCUAGAGCUGAUAAUCCAGAAUACACAAGUAUGGUGCGUCCUAAUUAUUUCCAUGAGUGUCAAGACCUAGGCGGAGGUGCAAAUUACUACCCUCUCCAAUGUUGGGAUCCUGUCUGUGCAGAGGAGACCACUACUAGUGAACCAGAAUCGGAAUUAACUAGUGGAAUCAAGACUUUUGAAGAGGAAAACACCAUUGUUGAAACCAAAGAAACCACUCUUGUCACUGUAGUUUUACCAAGAUCUGACAUGUCAGAGUCAGCAACUACCAUAGAUGCAAGUUCUACAGAAGAAGUUGCAGAUCUUCCAACCGUAACCGCUACGUUACUAAAACCAAUAUUUAUAGAGUUAUCUCCACCUGCAAUCGAAUGUCCCAGUCUGUGGAACAACACCCUUGAGGAUGUUCCCUUCGGAGGCAAUUCUAGAACACAAGGUUAUCCUGAACUAGAAAUAUUUGAAUUUGUAUCUAUUAAGUGGUCACAUAGAGAUUUUUAUGAGGGAAUUUUUGAAAUCAAGAUUGCUGAUAUUUACCUGAUAAGUGAAUUGCGAUACAUUAAACUUGAUAUGCCUUACCAUCUCGGCGCUAACUCUGUCUAUCUUUGGGAUGAAUCUAAUAAUGAUUGGGGGUCCCCGUACCACUUCUACGUUUCCUUUCUAUUUGAGGCACAAACUAUUGAUCAGAUGAAGUGUACCAAUACUAUGGAGGUACAUUACUGGUGGCCCAAUGAAUAUAUUUAUUAUUAUCAUGGUACCCAGGGAUUUUGGCAUGAACCAGACCUGUCAAUUCUAUGUUGGGACGAAGUGUGUGUUAGACCACCUAAUGAGAGUUCUACAGAGGAAGACAUAGAUGUACCAACUGCAACCCUUGAGCUACUAGAGCUGAUAUCAGAUUUACCAUCGCCUAUAGAUUGUCCCAGUCUGUGGAGAAACGGAGUCUGUGACUAUCCUCUAGGUUCCGGUUCAAUUUGGAAUAAAAACGUCAAACUAGAAAUAUUUGAAUUUAUUUCUAUUAAGUGGAUACAAGAAGAUUAUUAUGAGGCAAUUUUAGAAUUUAAGAUUGACGAUCUUUACCCUGCAAGUUACUUGGAACGGAUAGAUAUUUAUAUUGAAGAUCCUUAUAAUUAUAACACUCAAAUAAGGCUUUACAAUGUUUGGGAAGGAGGUAGUGAUGUCGAUGAGUCACCGUACCACUUCUACCUUUCCUAUCUAUUUGAGGCACAGACUAUUGGUCAGUUGAAGUGUACUAAUCUUCUACUGAUACACUACUACUGGAGCUUGGUCGAUCAUUCUUCUUAUUAUCAUGGUUGUGAGGAAAGUCUUGGAGAAUAUGGUCUGUUUUUAGACUAUCCAUUGCAAUGUUGGGACGAGGUAUGUGUCAGACCACUUGAAAGCUCUACAGAAAAAGAAUGGGAUUCAACUUCAGAAUCAGGUGAAACUUCUGAUACUCAUAAGUCAAAUGAAUCUAAUAUAGUAUUUGAGACCAGUGAUGAAACUGAUAUAUCUAGUGAAGAACCAUCAUAUUCAAAUGACUUCGCUGAACCUUUAGACACCAAUGAACCAUAUAAUGAGACAUCAAACUCAGAAAAUGGAACCAACGACCUUGACUCGGCUACUGUAACUUUUGAUGAGAGUGAGGGAUCAAGCACUAUUGGAAUUGAGCCAGUGGAUAAUAAUACAACGGUUGAUUAUUCCACCGAACCUGAAAAUGAUACUCAAACAGUUACACAAACCGUUGAAUCAAUGGUCGAAACUACAUACCCUUCACAUCUCUCGGAACUGACAGAAGAAGAAUCCUUUGCAAAUGGAGAAACUACUGUGACAGAUACUGAUGAAUCGAAUAAUGUCAAAGAAACUAUUGACAUUGAUAUAACUAGUCAAGUUAAAGCUACAACUCAAGUAGAAGCAACUGAUGGAGCACAUGGAGAUAUCACUGAAAUUAUUGGAGAGACUACCGAAUCCUAUAACGACGAUAUAAUAAAUUCUACAGCAGCACCUGCAGAAGAUGUACCUUGGUUAGAAUCAGAAACUCGAGAUGAAGACAACUCAACUGAUCAAGUCACACCAGAAUCCUCUAAGCCAAUUGCUGAAUCUAGUAUUUCCUUACCUAAUAAUGAUGCAUCAGAUCCAGCUACAAACGAAUCGUCGAACCCACUCACUAAAGAUUCUCAUGAAUCAGACAGUGGAGUGUUAACUAAUUCACCUAUUGAAGUCUUAACUGAACCAGUAUCAGAAUCCCAAGCAACAUUUCUCACUGGGGAAACAACUUGGUUUGCAUCAGAGAGUCCUACUUACCAGAGAAGUAGUCAACCACCCGUGGAAACGAAUAGUGCUAAUACUGAGGGUACAACUAGGUCACUAUUGGAAACAGAUGAAUUAAACAUAAAUUCAACUACAACAAUUUUCCUGGACCAGUCAGUAUCGGGUACCGGGGUCCCAGUUGGUUUGACUUCUGAAGAUUCAAAGGAAUCAAGUCUAAACCCGGCUAUAUCCAGUAAAUUGUCAACUGGAUCAGGUACACAAAUUCCAACCAGCUCACCUAGUAAAGUGCUUUCUGAUGUAUCUAUACUGAACUCAUCUAAACUUGGUUCCAGAAACCCAAGCAUGUUGUCCACUGGAAAACAUACUAAUGCAGAUCCAAACCCCAAUACCACUGAUAAGUCAGAAGGGAAUUCUUCAAAUAGUGCACAUGGGAACUUAGUCACUGCUACAAUAACAAAGCCGGACACUACAUAUGUAACAACAAUUACCCAACCAUAUAAGUUACCAGUUAUAGUUACUACUAUUAGUGGACCUGAUACUACAUAUGUUACUACGAUUACUGGAUCAUAUAAGUCUCUAGAUGCUGUAACUACAAUUGGAAGAUCAGAUACUGCAAACGUUGUCAACAAAUCAUCCAAUAAUGUUGUAGGGGCCACAAUAGUGGAGCUUGAUACUAACUAUGUUACCACAAUUACCCACCCUGGUGGAUUUUCCAAAGUAACCACUGGAAAUCAACAAAGUCUUGUAUCAACUACUUCAACCAGUAGUAGUCAUGAUCCAGCUGUUAAAGUAAGCUCUCUAUUCAAUGCUCCUGUCGCUAUCCAAUUCCAUCCAUCAGGGGAGCAAUACCAACAAGAGCAAUACCAACAAGAACAAAAGAUCCAAGGAACUAAUAUUCUCACCGGUGCAUCUGCAACUAUUGGGUCAGAUGAAAGAACUUAUCAAACACUGAUACAAGCUGUCUCCACUGCUUCGAAUAGUGAUUCUGAAGUUGUACUGUCUAUACCUGUCGCAAUUACUAGUAGCUCUGAAAAUACUGUAGUUGCAAGCUCUGCCCCAGAAGCAACUGAGGAAUUUGAAGGUUCUGCUCCAAUUCUUAGAGGUGAUAUUUUUAUGGUAUGCUUAUAUUUAGUGUCUAUUUUAUUAGUUUAGAAUUUGUGUAUAACAAUUAAAGCUUUUGUUUUAGUUAGUAAUGGUUUUAUUUUUUAAUCAAUGGGUUGAUGUUUCCCGAAGAUAAGUAAAGGAUAUUGUGAGCUAUAGAGACUUUUGAAAAGAGAGUUGCCUGACGUGGUUGU